AUGGUUGAAUUUAGCAACAAUCGAGUACGUCGUAGAGGUGACAUGACACACCAAAAAUGUUUAUGGGGAGAAUUGAGUCUCUUGCAUGUUUCAAAGGCCAAAGAAAAUCCUGGGAGGCGAUUCUUCAAUUGUGCGGAAAGACGUUGUUCUUUUUUUGUGUGGGUGAAUUCACCAUCCCCUGUUGAAAACUCAGUUGGUCGUGCAACUACUACUGCUCCAGAUGUUGAUUUUGUUAAUCUAUAUUUGUCAAUUGCAAAAGAUUUCUUUCUCUUAUUUGUUGCAGGAAUGGUCGCCUUUGGAUUGACGAUGCCAGCAGGUAUAAAUCUGUUCGUCUUUUAUUCCUAUGAUUAUCAUUCAGUUGCAGUAGUAGCUCAGAACGCAUUCACAUUCGUGUCUUCCUGA